AUGGACGUUACCCGAGAGUGUGGUGGUGGGUUCGGGAAGCGAAUUUCUCGGGUCGAGACAGAGGUCAGGUGGGUCGUGGGAAUUUCAUCGCGGCAGUUGUUCGCAACCCAAGAUUCCAGAAAGACUGACGCACAACGUGAACGAGAACAGCUUCUCUUGAACGAGUUGGUUGAGCUGGUGAACAAGCGAGACGAGCUGGUGCGGCACAUGCAUUAUGAAGAACAAGACCCCCGUUUGUCACCAAUGAAAAGCGGGUUCCGACCGGAAGACGAAAAGUCGCCGGGUGUCGAAUCGCGCGAGCCCACGGGGUAA